AUGCCGAUUUUCAUUCGCAUUAAAUUACAAAUCAUAAAAUUGUCUGAAACAUACAUAAUUUGCAAUUUGGCAUUUGGACCAAAUCCAACCCCUCCCAAAGUAGACAAUGUUACAGACCUUUUCAACAUGUUAUCCAUGGAUGAUGCAAAUGCAAAUGGCUCCAAAGCAGCUGGUGCUACUGCUGAUGAUAAUAACUGGGCAGGCUUUAAGUCUGCUGCAGAGGUGUCAACAGCGGAGAAAACUGGUCCACCACAUGCAGUUGAGAGUACUUCUCAGUCUGCUUCUGGAAUUGAGGAUCUAUUUAAAGAUUCAUUUUCUAUGACACCAAGUUUAGCUCCAGCAAAACCACAAAAAGAUGUGAAAAAUGAUAUAAUAAGCCUCUUUGAGAAGAGCAACAUUGUAUCUCCAUUUGCAAUGCAUCAACAACAGCUUGCCAUGCUAGCACAUCAGCAGUCUCUUCUAAUGGUUGCUGCUUCUAAAUCUACUAGUAUCGAUCUCAAGUAUCCUACUGGCAUACAAUAA